AUGGUGGUGGCAGCAGGAAGAAGGAUCAGCCCCACAUUUUCUAAGAGUGGCCCCGUCAGCCCAUGGCACCUCCGUAACCAGCGCUUACCCACGCCAACCGAAGGCCUCCCACCUUCCACCCCCUCCGGCCUCCCACCCUUCCUCCCAACUGCCGGCCGCCUGCUCCAUCCCCACCCCGGCUCUGACAAGAGCUCACACAGCUCUGCUGUUCUCUUGGUCAUGGGCACAAGAUGGACUCACCCUGGACCUUCCCUACUUGUGCUCCUCUGUUAUGGUCAGCUCUUGCCAUGGCUCAGGACCGAUGGUGCUCAGAGCGCAGAUAACUUCUACAAUGAGAGCACGGCAAAGGCAUUCCUGAAGUAUUAUGAUCAAACAGCCCAGAUUGUGUGGAACCAAUUCAUGGAGGCCACGUGGAACUAUGUCACCAACAUCACCAAGAAAAACCGGGGGCAGAUGCUGCUUAAGGACAUGGAGAGAUCCAAGCACAUGCUGUACUUUGGCACCCGAGCCCGUAUGUUUAACAUCUCCAAACUCCAGGACCCGGCCGUGAAGCGCAUGCUGAGUAAGCUGCAGGACAUAGACAAGGCAGCCCUGCCUGAGGACGAGCUCCGGGAGUACAAUAGGCUCCUGGCCUACAUGGAGACAACGUACAGUAUGGGCCAGGCCUGCCUGAAGGAGGGGCCCUGCCUGCCCCUGGAACCCGACCUUGAAGAACUGAUGGCCACCUCCAGGGACGAGAAGGAGCUGGCAUGGGCGUGGCAGAGCUGGCGGGAUGCCGUGGGCCGCCAGCUCCGCAACACCUUCGAGAGCUAUGUGCAGCUCAGCAACAAGGCCGCUCAGAUCAACGGUUACCAAGACAUGGGGGCCUUGUGGCGCUCAAGGUAUGAGUCUGAUAAACUGGUGGAAGUCCUGGAGCAACUCUACCAAGAACUGAAGCCACUGUACCUGAACCUGCACGCCUACGUGCGUCGCACCCUGUACAGCUUCUAUGGGCCCGAGGUCAUCGACCUGAAGGGGCCCAUCCCAGCCCACCUCCUGGGAAACAUGUGGGCUCAGUCCUGGGUCAACAUCUUAGACCUGGCCUUGCCCUUCCCAAAGAAGCCCCUCGAGGACAUCACGAAGAUCAUGAAAAUCCAGCACUGGAAGACCGACAAAAUGUUCCAUGAGGCUGAAAAGUUCUUCUCCUCUCUGGGGAUGCUGGCUACCCCACUCGAGUUCUGGAACAGUUCGAUGCUGGAGAAGCCGACCGAUGGACGGGAGGUGGUAUGCCAGUCCUCCGCCUGGGACUUCUACAACGGCAAGGACUUCAGGAUAAAGAAGUGCACCGAGGUGACCAUAGAAGACCUGCUCUCCAUCUUCCACCAGAUGGGCCAUAUCCAGUACUUCUUGCAGUACAAGAACCUCUCUAUGAUCUUCCGCGCAGGCGCCAACCCAGCCUUCGAAGAGGCCGUGGGGUCAGUGAUCACCCUCUCGGUCUCCUCCCAUAAGCACCUGGUCAACAGAGGCUUGCUCAGCAUCCAGAACCAGGACGCAGAGGACGAGGUCAAUUACCUGAUGGGCAUUGCCCUGGACAAGAUUGCCUUCAUCCCCUUUGGCUACCUGGUGGACGUGUUUCGCUGGAAGGUCUUUGAUGGCACCAUCCAUAGGGAACUCUACAACCAGGAGUGGUGGAACCUCAGGUUGAAGUACCAGGGCCUGUGCCCCCCAGUUCCUCGGACAGAGGAUGACUUUGAUCCAGGCGCCAAGUAUCACGUUGCCGCCGGCGUGCCCUACAUACGGUACUUCCUCAGCUUAGUUCUCCAGUUCCAGUUCCAUGAAGCACUGUGCAAGGCCUCAGGCCACGAGGGUCCACUGCACCGGUGUAACAUCUAUAAUUCUAAAAUUGCUGGGAAGAUGCUGGGGGAUGCCCUAAAGCUGGGCUCGAGCAAGCCCUGGCCAGAGGUUCUAAAGAAUCUGACUGGGCAGUCUGAGAUGUCUACAAAGGCCUUCGUAAGCUACUUCAAGCCCCUCACAAAUUGGCUGGUCACCGAAAAUGUGCGGCGGGGGGAGACCCUGGGAUGGCCAGACUUCAGCUGCAGCUUUGAAGAAAAAGAGAAGAACAGGGUGGCAUUCCUGGGUCAGGAGGUGGAACGCAACCAGGCCAACACUGGGCAAUGGCUGCUGCUGGUCCUGAGCAUCAUCCUGAGCCUGGUGGUCCUGAUGCUGGCCUACAGGCUGUACUCCCAGAGCCAAAUGUCACUGCCCCCAGAAAGCCAGGCCAGCUUCCUGGGCAUACCCAUGGAGGCCCACAAGGCUAUCCAAGGCCAGUGGCUGCUGCUGGGCCUCUGCCUCAUUCUGCUACUAAGCUCAAUCAGCUUGACCAUCAGGGUUUCCACACAGCACAAGAAGGAGCCUCAGUUGGAGACAGCUGAAUGGUGGAGCUUAGAGUAGACACUAGUGAGACAGCCAGCCUGUCCGCCCCACACACACAGGGGCAGCCAGGACACCUCUUCCCCACCCAGGAGGCCA